CCGGAUGUAGAACGCGUUUCUUCCUUGUUCACAUUGCACCCGACGGUCCCUGAAUGCAGCACGGAGGAUAAUUAAGGUGUCGCCAUGGCAACCACGAGACGCCGAACUACAGGGAGACAUGGCGCGCGGGUUGUGUGGUACUUUAGCUCCGGGGGCUAACGCGUCACUGGCAUGUUAGCGCGCCGCGGCGGUGAACUCGAGCCGGAUGUUGACACGUGGAUGUUACUCACAGACGCUUCACGUUGUUGUUCGUUACAUCGUGUUGUCUUGUUUCCUCCCCCGCGCGCGCGCGCGCACACACACACACGGUUAGCAUCCAUGCUAGCUGGAGCUUUAGCUAGCUAGCUAGCCAGCCGGCUAACGGUUGCUAACAGCUGAUCGGACGCGGUCAGAAUGUCUUUCUACGAAGUGUACUCUCACCCGGCGCUGGUCCGGUACAAGACGAGUGUUUGCACGAAGGCCACCGUGUUCGUCGUGGCGGUGUUGUGUCUCUCCUACAUCGGCCCUCUGCUGGUCGCCUACCGGAGCCAAGGGUUCUGGAUCAAGCGGAGCAGCUACGAGGAGCAGCCGGUGGUGAGGUUCCAGUACCAGGUGCUGCUGCUGGCGGCCACCAGCCCCCGGGGGGACCACGUGGCCUGGAGCACCUACCCGCACCUGAACAACAUGCUGGGCUCCAACCUGCGGGUCCCGGCGGUGUCGGUGAGAGAGGAGGAUCUGAACCAGGACGGGAAGUUGGACCUGCUGAUCUUCAAACUGCAGCUCCCCCUGACACCCGAGGAGCAGGUGUACAGCGUCCAGCUGCUGCUCACCUUCAGCUACCAGCUGUUUCGGAUGUCCACCGUGGCGAUGCAGAGCCUGGCCUUCGUGCAGCACUCGUCCCCCGUCCCGGGAGCGAGGCUGUUCGUCAGCGGAGACCUGAGGCUGCAGCAGAGGACGCCGCUGCCUCACCGAGGACUCUACGACGUCUACAACGUGUCGGUGAUCGACGGCUCCAGUCCGUUUGCGAGUGCGUACGACCUCGACAACAUCAUCAGGAGCUACCAGGACAGAAACUUGACCACCGUGCUGUCCUGUCCCGUGCCCGUCUGGACCGUGGGUCGAGCUGCCGGGUCGCCCUUCGAGCUCAACGCAGAGAUCCGUUACCCAGUGGAGGUCAUCAGUUAUCGUCCGGGCUUCUGGGAAACCAUCAAGUUCGCCUGGGUCCAGUACGUCAGCGUCCUGCUCGUCUUCCUCUGGGUCUUUGAGCGGAUCCAGAGAUUUGUUUUCCAGAACCAGGUUCUGACCACCGUGCCCAUUCCGGCCGGAAAACCUCACCAGUCCUGAUCCAGUGGUGAUGAAGAUGAUGAUGAUCGGAGCUGAAGUCUCACGAGAACCACAAUGACUCAACAACGUGUUGGUCCAUUCUCUAAAAACAUAAUAAAAUCUUACGGUAAAAACUCAGAAGUUUAGUCCAUAUGAAAAGACUUCAUCAAUGGAGCUCCGAUACUACGAGGAGAAAAUGAGGUCCUCCCACUUCACGUCAUAAGAGUUGGAGAUAUUACUGCACUUUGUGCUUUUGGAGAAAAUGAGCCGAUUCUGAGAAAGUGGAGCAACGCAACUGCAGAGGAGAGACGCUUGAUUGGGAGGCAACUGUUGAAGACUGAAUGAAACCGUCCGUCGAUUUAAGACUUAAGGACAUUUUAUUUUCAGCUCAGCAGUUCAGUUUUUAUUCAAACACUCUGAGAGACGUCAAAAAUAUAUAUUAUAUGAUAUAUAUUUAUAUUAUCACCUUUUCCUGGACACGUCUCUCGUCGACUGCAGCUACAUUACUUGUUGACUUGAACAUCGUUUUCUGCUAAUGAAAUAAAAGAAUAUUAUUUUUUCAUAGGUUGUAUAGUUUUCAAAAAAUAUUUUUACUCGUAUGUUUGUGAUUAUUUAGUACAUAUUAGUUAUAAUUUCUUUUUAUGUUUAGAAUCCAGCUUUAGAUGAAUGAUAAUAAAUUAUUUGUACAUUUCCAUCUUUGAUAUCUUUUUAAAUCAAAAGGUUAUUUAAUGUUUUGUUUUUUUCAACUUUUACUUUCAUUUAUGUUUUCAGGCCUGAAAAAAAAUGUUUGUUUUUAAAUAACAGGUGUGAAAUUUUUGACUUCUCUUAUUUAAUAAUGUAACUAACGAUGCAGAUUUAAAGCAGAUUGAUUAAAAAAAAGGUUGAAAUUGA